AUGCUCUGCGUGCUCUGCCUCGUCCUCACGGUCCAAGCCUUUACCCAGGAACGCUUCAAGGAGGUGGUGCUGAAGCAGCUGGGGCUGUCUGAGGUCCCAAAACUUCAUUCCAGAGACUUGGUGGACCUGGUUAUCCCAGACCACGUCAAGAACAAGUACAUGUCCAUGCUGAAGCGCCAGAGGGUGAAGCGCCGAGCUCUGCCGAGCCUGGCCGGCAUCCUCAGGGGCAUCCCGGGACACACAGGGGAAGUCCUCUACUCUGACACUACCACGCGCCAGAGGCUGAUGUUUGACAUGGAAGGCAGAAUACCUAAAAACAGCGAAGUCACAAUGGCUGAACUGAAACUCUUCAAAAAGCCUCUGGACAGAGCAAACCUGCCUGCCAGGCAGUCCCACAGGCCAGUCUCCAACGCCAGAGUCAGCGUGUACUGGGUGCAGCAGCAGCACGAUGGUACCAACAGGACCUCCCUGAUAGAUUCCAGGCUGGUUCCUAUUCGUGAGUCGGGCUGGAAGAGCUUUGAUGUGACCCAGGCCGUGCAUUACUGGCUGCGAAACAAGAGGCGGGAGCCGAUGUUCCUGGAGGUGUGGAUCGAGGGGGAGAGGCUGGGCAGCUACGCCUCGGAAAUGGCCAAAGCCGUGCGCUUCACCUCGCAGGACCCCAAGGACAAAGCCCUAGGCAAGCCUGAGCUGGUGCUUUACACCCUCAACUUGGAUGACUACGGGAGCCUUGGGGACUGCAGGGAGGAGGCGAUGCCGGGGAAAUCCACCUGCUGCCGGCAGAAGCACUACAUCAGCUUCCGCGAGCUGCCGUGGGCGCAGCACUGGAUCCUGGAGCCGGCGGGAUUCCAGGCGUACCGCUGCUCCGGGAGCUGCCUGCAGCCGCCCCGCGCCCUGCGCCGCCCCGGCUCCGGGCAGCGCUCCUGCGCCGUGGCCGGCAGCUCGGCGCUGCCCAUCAUCUACCUCGUCAAGAGGGGCAACCACACCGAGAUUGAGGCGGCCGAGUUCCCCAACAUGAUCGUGGAGAGGUGCAGCUGCGUGGCGGACGGCGUGGCGCUGGUGUGAUGAUGAGGGGGUGGCCUGGGGUGUCAUCCAUUCCCGGCAGCCCUGCCAAGAGCCAUCGAUGAAGGUCCUGGGGAGUUCCUGCCUGCACUGGGGCCCUGCUGCCCCGCAGAGAGAGUGCACUCGGAGGCACUGUCCGUAGAUGGGCUCAGAGGAGCGUGCAUUUCACCUACGUGAGGGGUAUCUUAGGAGCCUAGUGCUUCUCAGGGCCUCCUUGGUGCCAGCUAAACUUCACUGAAUUCAUUUCAGCCCCCACCCUGGAGUACUGCAAACAGCUCCAGGUAAAAGAAGAGUGCCCAUCACCAGGUGAAGAACAUAUUCGUGGGCUGAGCUUUUCAUUCUUAGGCUGCUGGGUUUGGUUCUUGUCUGCCCAAACUGUGUUUUUUGGUGAGCUGGAGAGCAGAAGCACUUACAUGUAUAUAAACUGUACACACACACACAUGCACACAUGUACAGAGUGUAUGAAUAAAUGUGUGUAUGGUCUACAUACUGGAUAGCUACAUAUUGAUUACUGACAUAUAUAUAUAUGUACACAAAAUAUUGCCUAGAGCUCAAAGGAGCAUAUUUAUGUGCAUAUGUAUUGCAUGUACAUAUACGUAUCUACGUGUACAUAAAAUAUUAUCUG